CCCUGCUCGAGGACAUUGUAGCCUCUUUUGACGCUCCAAUCCGAUAUGCUGUUGCGUAUGGAUCAGGUGUAUUUGGCCAGGAUGGGUAUGCAGAGAAGAAGGACAUGGGUGCACAGGCACCCAUGCUCGACUUUAUCUUCGCAGUAACCCAUCCUGAUCACUGGCAUUCGAUUAACCUUCACCAACAUCCAAGCCACUAUCCGCUCCACGCGCGAGCUCUGGGUUCAUCUUUUGUAUCAAAGGUUCAGGAGAUCACUCCGGGAGUAUGGUUCAAUACUUUUGUUCCUAUGCAUGGCGUGAACAUCAAAUAUGGUGUGACUACUGUCGAUACACUGUGCUCUGAUCUCCUUAACUGGCGGUCGCUCUAUCUUGCUGGCCGUUUACACAAACCCAUUCGAAUCAUCAAAGACGAUGCGCGGGUUCGUUUAACUCAACAAGUCAAUCUCACUUCAGCUGUGCGCGCAGCCCUCCUCACGCUCCCAGAAACCUUCACCCCAUCCUCCCUCUUCUCUCGCGUCGCGUCUAUCAGCUACUCUGGUGACCCCAGAAUGUUCCUCCCUGCAGAGAACAGAGGCAAAGUAGACAAUAUCGUUCGCAGACAAGAGGCACAGUUUACGGAAUUGUAUCAGAGACUCGUCGUCGGUCUUCCUGGUAUCAGAUGGGAGGGCAAUGUGAUUGAGCAGGAUCUGAGCUCGCAGGCGAGGGUGAAGCAUCUAAGGAAGCUGCCGGAAGAGUUGCUUAGCAGGGUACGGAGAAAUUACGACCAGCGGAUGGAUGGUGCGAUGAAGAGAGGGGCAGACGAGGGUGUAUGGUGGUUGAAUGUCGCGGGAGAUCCAAGCUUGAGCAAAGUACUGAAUGAAGAAAUGGCCAACAUUGUGCGCUACCCGGCAACUGUGCAGACCUUAAAGGGUCUCGUGAGCGCAGGUCUAGGUAAGAGCAUGCGGUAUACGACGCAGAAGAUAGGCAAAUGGUGGAGUGGAUCAUCCUCAAAGACUUCGUGAUCUGUCAUGAUCUCUUCGAAAGUAAAGAAGGGAACGGUGAGGUGUGUUCGAUGAAAGUUUGAAGUUGACCUUCAGCUUCAGCAGCAAGAAAUGCAUUUAUAAUCCCUCCAGUAGAGCAACACAUUCAUUUUACACUACCAGUCUUCGCCAUAAGGAUAUACAUAUUUAACAUUAGGAUGUAUAGUAUUGUUAGUAAUAUCUAUCAAUCGUCUCUGUCACAACA